AUGUCUUCGCCCGCUCGACAACUCCUUGCACUGAUCUCAACGUCUCUCUCGACGCUGGAGAACACUUGUGCGGAGAAAGGCUUUAACAUCCCUGACCUGCAUGCCGCUUUCGACCCCGCGAGCGAGGCUUUUCGCGCCGACCCCGUGGCUGGCGAGGCUGCUAAUGUCCUUGGUGCUGCCGCCCUUCAGCUCGCAGCCAUCUUCCUCCCGCCGCACGUUUCCUUGUACCACAAUGUCUCCGGAUAUGUGAGGUCUGCUGCUACUCGAGUUUGCAUUGAGUCGAAUGUGACGGAGAUCUUGCGUGAAGGAGGCCCGAACGGCGUUCACGUCAACGAUAUCGCAGCAAAGAACGGCCUGGACCCGCGAAAGAUUGGCCGGUUCCUUCGCAUUCUCGCGAACCAUCAUAUCUAUCGAGAGAUCAAGCCGAAUGUGUUCACCAAUACCCGGAUUUCCAGCAUGCUUGAUACACUCAAACCCACUGCGGAAUUGUUCGCUCACCCAGAGCAGAAGCACGAAAACACACCUGGCCUGACCGCGAUGACCUGUCAUCACCUCGACGAAGGAUAUAAGUCGGCAGCCUAUACCUGGGAGACUGUAUCCGACCCGAACACGACUGACGAUACGACCGACUCACCGCUGUCACGUUGGACAGGGAGGAAGGAAACUGUUUGGGAUUUCUACCAGCGCCCAGAGAACCUGGACAAGUACAAGCGAUUCAACAUCGGCAUGCACGGUGUGAAAGCCUUGCAGCCCAGCGAUGUGUGUCUCAAAGCGUUCGACUGGAAGAGCCUCGCGAAGGGCUCCGUCGUCGUUGAUGUUGGUGGAGGGCUCGGAACUGCCUGUUUACCUGUUGCUCGAGAGUAUCCCGAUUUGCAGAUUAUUGUGCAGGACCUCCCAACCGUUAUUGAAAACGCCAAAGAGCUCUGGCAAAAAGAGAACCCCGGCGCGCUCGAGUCCGGCCGCGUCAAGCUGGAAGCCCACGACUUUUUCCAACCGCAGCCGCAUAGAGGUGCCGAUGUCUUCCUCCUGAAGCAGGUCCUGCAUGACUGGCCCGACGCGUCCUGUGUCCCCAUCCUUCGUCAUCUCCGGGAAGCAGCCUCACCCACAACCAAGCUCGUCAUUAUGGACAUCCUGAUCCCGUUCGCGUGUCAUGACCCCGGUGCUCACCUUGGGCGGGAGAUACCCGGUGCCGUCCCAAAGGAGGCGCCGCCGCCCCUGCUUGCGAACUAUGGGGCUGUGAAUGAAUUGGCGUACAACGCGGAUUUGACGAUGCUCAUCUUUGCGAACGCCCAAGAGCGUACGGUUGUCGAAAUGGACGAUCUUCUGCGUCGUACGGGUUGGGAGCUGACUGUCGUGCAUCGUCGAAAUGAGGACAAUACAUUCUCCCAGUCCAUGGAAGCGAUCCCAGUGGAGAAGUUGUAG